CUCUACUGUGGUUCGACCUUCUACAGUCGGUAAGAGGGAUAUGUUAGGCAUUGUCCAUUGUAAAUCCUUUUUCAUCCUUCUUUAAAACAACACCUAGCACAACACAAAAAGACCCGGCUUCAAUCAAAUUUGACCGACCAGGUUAAAACAGACUAAAUUGAUCAUGUACGCCUGUGCAAAGUUCGUCUCCACGCCGGCUCUGGUCCGUGCUGGCUCCCGGGCUCUUUACAGACCCCUGUCUGCCUCUAUGCUGUCCAGGCCUGAGGUCAAUACAGAGAGAAACGUAGCCCUCAUGCCACAGAGCCCCUUCACCCAGGUAGCUCUCAGAGGCUUCCAGACCAGUGCUGUGAGCAGGGACAUUGAUACCGCUGCCAAAUUCAUUGGUGCUGGAGCCGCCACCGUCGGAGUGGCUGGAUCUGGUGCUGGAAUUGGAACAGUGUUCGGCAGUCUCAUCAUUGGAUAUGCCAGGAACCCAUCAUUGAAGCAGCAGCUCUUCUCCUACGCUAUCCUGGGAUUCGCCCUGUCUGAAGCUAUGGGCCUAUUCUGUUUGAUGGUUGCUUUCUUAAUCUUGUUUGCUAUGUAAAAAAAAUCUGUCUAUAGAAACUGUAUUACAGAUGUGACUACAUAUUUUAUUGUGGCAACCAAAAUUGUUCUGUGUUGGUGUCAUGGAAAUGUACAUUUUCAAGUCUGUCCGACACUCUCAAAAUAACAGAAACAUGUAUUGUAAAAAAUGUAAGAAAUUGCAUAAUUAAAAUGCAUGUAUUUGACUAGUUGACAUAUGGCAGUAUGUUUUCUAUGUAAGGAAUCAUGUUUCACCACAAUCAAGACGCCAACUAGCUUCUAUUGAAUGUCAACGUGGGAUUAUACAAAGGAACUGCUUAGACGUAAUGUAAAUCAGUCUGGUGCAUUUGCCAUUUUCAGUGCAUCAUGUGUUUGCUUCUGUGGGUCCACAUUUAUGUUGUCGUUGGUUCAAGUGCAGGUCAAUAGCAUUCUGUAAGUAGGCAGCAAGUGGGCACUUGCUCUUGUAAAUGGAAUUAAAUAAAUCUAGACCACAUGAUUGUGCUAAA